GAUGGAUGUAUAAUCUCCAGAACAAGUGAAUAAAUCCCGAUCAAAUUCAAAAUCAAANGCAUUUUUAAACUAAGAUAGAUUCUUUACAUGGAUAUAUAAUUAUGCAAUAGCAUAUGAUACUAAAAAUGAUCCUACUAAUUUGAAUGAAUUUGAAGUUAUCUAAAGGGUUUUUCCAUCUUUUUAUCCAGUAUCUCUUGAGUUUAAACAUGUAAAGGAUUAGAUUUAUUACUUUUUCUUUAUUAGUUAGUCUGCUUAAUUAGAAAUAGCAGCCUAUGAAAUAGUUAAGAAUUCUUAAAAAAAUUUUUUUCUUGAUUAUCACACAGCAGACAAUCUAAAAUUAUAAGGCAUGUUUUUCCCUCUUGAUUACACAUGUAGUGGAAUGGUAAUGACAGAAAAUUAAGUUGUUAUAUCUUUAAAUAAUUCUAUUUCAUAUGCUUUUAAUUAUUAGAUUGCUUGUUAAGAUAAUUAUUUGUGCCAGAUAACAUAAUUUAGCUAUAAAAAUAGUUAUCAAUAAUAUGGUAGUUGGAGCUUGAAAAAUGAAUAUCCAAGUUUAUUUGUCAGUGAAAACAUACUUUCUAUAAUUUAUUAGUCUGAAAAGGAUCAUGAAUUAUUGCUUUAUGAUUUAAAUGAUAAUUCUAACAAAACUGGACCCAUUUCAGCUAUAGCUUAUUUAAAGUCGAAGAACCUUGAAGAUCAAAAAAUAGUUUAAUCUUUUGUUUAUAAUUAUAAAGAAUAACUACAUUUAUUAAGUUCAGCAGAAGACAAAUAAAAAUUGCAACACUAUAUUAUAAGAAGAUCACCUUAGAUUUGUAUUGAGAAAUAGUCAAUUUCAUAAAAUGUGAAUAUUUCAUUGAAGAAUUAAAACUAGGAAAAAUUAGUAAAUUUAAAAUUGAAUAUUGAUUAAAUAAAAUCUGAUUCUUCUCAUUUUAAAAUAUGGAUAAUAUUGGUGAUUGUAUUAGUCAUUGUAAUAGUGGGAAUAUCAGUUAUAAUAUAUUGUUAAAAGAAAAGAAGAAGAUUAGUUAAAUAGAACUUAUUAAUAGAGGAUUGA